GUUUGGUUGCCAUUACUCCCUCUCGAGCACAAUUUACAGGUAAGGUCACGUUUUUAGUGAUUUUCCUUGAUUAUAUAAGUCGUUAAAAUGGGCGAUAUAGUUCUAACAGUAUCGCCGGUGAGUAUUUAGAGUCACAUCAUACCGUGGUGAGUCAAUACUUAACAUUCAAGCAGCAACAUUUAUCCUUUAGUGAUGCAAAUGUCGGGAUGGUUGCCAUCCUCACUCCCUCCUUAUGCUUCAAUCAUAUUGCAAUAUUCAUUUUUCCGUCAUCGUUAGGGCAUCAUAAUAUUAGAGACCUUUAGAUUCUAACACGAGUUCGACUACGAGGACGAGAUUUUCUUUAAGAUACCGCGACUACGGACUACGACUACGGUUAAAAAUGCUACUGCGCAUGAUCCAAACCACGUGACUGUUCAUUUUCCCCCCGUAGUCCUGCGGCUAUGGUGAGUUGUUGAGCUGUUUCGCGUAGUCGCGACUACGGAGAACAUUUUGCUCGCAUUUUGCCGUCUCGGUAAUUCAAGAAUAUCGUCUUUUCGUAAAAUGUUUUCAAUUCACCUGCUUUAAGUGAGAGGGAAGCGAAAUAUGUAAGUUUUGUCUAAUUUCUGCUCAGAUUUACGCUUUUAAUCUACUGUUGUGACUACAUUUUUGUCUAGCUAAGCUCAUAUUUAAUUAAGCUUAGCUGUUUAUACGCAGAAUUCAGAUUGACGGCCGAGGAGAAGAGAAAUCAUGCAGGUAAUUUACUUUCUCUUCGCACUUGUAAAGUUUCAAUGUUUGUUCGAACUGAUUAGUGUGUCUUUCUACUUGCGUAACCUUUGUUUAUGCGAGUUUUUGUAUCGCAUUUGCUGAAUGAAAAUGAUGUAAACAUCUUCGAGACAAUCGAAACUCGGCACUUCAAUACUUCAAACUACAUCAGAUCAGUAGUCGGAGAAGUCCAUCUUCUAAAUCUAAUAAAUGAGCUAAUACUAUUUCUGUCAAUUUCUUUAAUAUUUGACAUAAGUAUUCAUGGGCGAAAAAAUAAAACCUGUGUAACCAAAACUUUGUUCACUAAUUUCACCCGACGUAAUUGCUUCCUUCAAGUAUGGAAGAAUUUGCUCAUUGUCCUAAAGAUAAGAUCACAUGCAAAACUGACUUGCAUUUUUGUGAACUGUGAUGAAAACAAGAAAAUCUUUGCGUGUUGUUUCCCUCUCCGCCUCUUCUCUCGUAGUCUACUGUCUGUAGUGCAAUCUUAACGAUUUCCGUGUAGCUGUCGUCAUUCUACUACGAGUUUUAGCGAGAAUGUCGUAAUGACGGAAACGAAUGUUAGAAGUUUUAUCAUUUUGCAAUCGAGAGAGGGCUUAACCUCCUUCGAUAUGAAUAAAAAAAACAAGAAAAACAAACAAAAAAAAAACAAUGAAGCUUUCAGGGCGUCUUUUUUUUCUGAGAAUACGCGAAAAAAACUUUAAGUACUCGUAGUCGUUGUUGUCCUCGAAUCUAAAGAUCACUAGCCCUUCUUCAGAGUUCAACCAAUGUAAGGUAAUUUGGAUUCUGUAAUCCAGAAAUUUUUCCCAGUGGAAUCCGGGAUCCUACGCUUCGGAAUCAGUAAUUCAUUCUGUUCCAAGCAUGCAAGCCACGCAAGGCCUAGCGCUCGAAAAGUUAAAGCCUAAAUUUUUGUUAAAGAAAGGUUUAAUUCUAGGUCUUGGACUUGUUUUAUAGCGUGUACGACACGCGGAAACCACACAGAGGAUAUCUACCGAGAAGUACCCAUCAAAAACGCGAGAACCAGUGUAACAAUUAGCAGUCCAAACUUCCCCAAUCCUUAUCCCCGGAACAUGCAAUGCACAUGGAGAAUUUUGGCUCCAAAAGAUUACAAGGUCCAGAUUUCUUUUCUGGAAUUCAAACUAGAAGAGAGCUACCUUGACUCUGGUUGUCAUGACUACGUCAGCGUCAGGUUGGUGGUACCUCAGCACUUAUCAAAGCCAGGUUUACUGAUGAGGGUUUCACCGCAAUUUCUUCCGGAAAAACAAUCGAAAAUUCAAACAAGGCUUGAAAUAGUACAAUUUUUUUCUUGGAAAUGAAGGGAACGAUCCUUUUGCAAAGAGUAUCAGCGAAAAAAUACAGACCAUUGUUGCCUCGUUGCCUCCUCACUCCUCAAUAAGAUAUAACAAAUUUUUCACUGUAUUUUUUUUUAAGUCCUUAUUCUUUACUAAGUGUAGACGUUAAAUGUCUGCCAUUUCUAAGACCUCCUCAGGUGUUCCCCUAUAAACUGCAAGUAUGGUGCACGUAACAUGGGUUUACAUGCAAAAGUAAAAAAUCACUGUUCCGCAUCUUAAAUAAAGUUACUUUACAGCCUCGUCCCUAGAUUUCUGGAUAUAGACCUGGGCCUAGUUGUUCGAAGGCCGAUUAGCGCUUAACCCGGAGUUAAAUUUAACCCGGGUUUCUUUCUCUUGUGUUCAAAAGCAUUUUCUUGGAUAGUUUUCUCUGUCAUUUUUAGAACUUCCGAUCAUCAACGCGAAGACAAAAAGAAUUAAAACUGAAAUGCUUUUUAAGCUUUCAAAUCAGAAUUCAAAUCUUGCACUAACCCGGGGUUAUCUUAACCCAGCUUUGAACAACUCGGCCCUGCAGUUAACGAGGUUAAUUACUUUAGACUCAGCCAAUAGUGUUCCAUUUUGAGAAUUUCGUAACCUACCAGGACUAAAUGAUAUGAUCAUUGUUCCACCUAUUAGAGAGAGCGGAACUACUUUCAGGGACGGAAGAGAAAUAAGAAGGCGUUGUGGCUUUACCAGUCCUCCCACAGUCCAAUCCAGCAGUUCAAUCCUAUGGAUAAGAUUUCUAAGUGAUACGAACAAAAAGACUGAGAAGGGGUUUGCCAUUAAAGCCCUCCCUGUUAAUGGUAAGAGUUUAUUGUCGUUGCUGCACUAUUACAGAAAGUUAAAGCUCACCUGGUAAAUAUUACGUCUAGGCAUCAAAUAAGUUCUGAAUAACUAAGGGGGAGGAUUGGUGCCUUGUAAGGAUUAGUAUGGCCGUGGGAAGAAACUUAUUAAGUACAUUGGCCAACAGUCCUAUUUCAAAACUUGAAAAGAACUUCGCGAUAUUUGUAAAAAGCUUUUAAAACCAAAAAGGCCUCUGCACAUUCUUCACCACUGCAUUUUCCCUCAUGAUGUUCAGUGUGGAAGAGUGUCUGCAGUCGAUCUGCAGUCGAUUACUCGAUCGCUUACUCGUCUGAGUUAACUGUAGUAUACGUAUGUACUGCCUAAACUUUAAGGAAAUUACUAGGUAAUUUGUCGUUCUUUUUUCCCUGCUCUAGUUCACUGUUGACAAAGCAAUCUGUGUCAAUUAGAGUAUUCUCUCCUGGCCGAACAAGCUGUAUCAAUAAUGCACACCUUCGUUUUGUUCUCUCUAGGCUCAUCGCCGAAGCGGUACAUAGCUAUCGGAACACUUGUGGCAUUGCUACUAAUCAUAAUAAUAGUCAUCAUUAUUUGCCGGAAACGAUUUCAACUAAAACAAGAUAAAUGCACUCCUAAGGUACGUCAAUACCGAGAGCUGUCUAUCCCCAUUGAUGCAGAGCUUCACCAAACAAAGUCCCCAAAUGAGGAACCAGAAACGCCGGGUAUACCUGAGGAGGACCCUUGGAAUGGCGAGUGCAAAAUGACCCAAGAAGAUCCUAACGUCCAGGGUGCCUUUUAUUUGCGCCCCAUGAGAAAGUCCGAGGCUUCUGGGUAUUGCUCUCUCUCCGAAGAAGGAGACUCACUCGAGUUUAAGACAACCAGGACUUUUACCAAGCCUACUCCGAAGAAGAGCGCCCCCAAUGAACAAGACGAGUUGGAGUACACAGAGUUGUUGACUGUUUUGUAAAUCUGUGCUUGGUCGUCAAAGAUCGGUAGUAAU